GAAGCCUGGAAUAUAUUAAUGAUUAACGAAUCCAGAACUGGAGUAACAGUAGAACAAUCUUUGAGGCUAGAACAUAAUGAAAAUAAAAUAGAAGAAGUAAAUCUACCUAUUGACAAGGCUAUAACUUUACCUAUAGAAGAUAAUUUAGCAUUGGCUAGAAUUAAAAGAGAUUUGAGUGUUAACCCAUGUGAGGGAACAUUUAUCUUACUAUUUAUAUUUGAUAAAAAUAAUAUUCAAGUUUUCAAAGAUGUUGUUAAGAGAAUUGACAA